AUGGAGAUGUAUACCGCGAUACCGAUAUCAUGGAGAAUCGCCGAUGCGGCGUUGCCUGAAAAGCGGUCGCUGCUGGCCGCUGCUAAUGGAAAAACGACUGUUGUAACAAUAGUACUAUCAAGGUCUAAAAGGCGUGUGCUAAUUUUCCCCAAGGGGAACAAUGUGGAUCACUUAUCGAUGUAUUUGGAUGUUAUGGAUUCUGGGAACCUCCCAUACGGGUGGAGCCGGCUGUAUAUCAUAUGCCAACAACUGAGAAUGACAUGCCAUCUGGGAGUAUCCUUUAGCCCUGCAGAGCCUUUUUUUUACAAGCUCCAGUAUAGUGACAACAGUGUAGCGACGAAAGAGUUGACCAAAUCCUUUGGAUGGGAUACUUAUGAUUCUUUCAUGCAACAUGAUGUGCAAGAACUCAACAGAGUUCUUUGUGAGAAACUGGAAGAUAAGAUGAAGGGAACUGUUGUGGAAGGAACAAUUGAACAAUUAUUUGAAGGCCACCACAUUAAUUACAUCGAGUGCAUUAACGUGGACUAUAAAUCUAGCAGAAAAGAAUCAUUUUACGAUCUACAACUUGAUGUGAAAGGUUGUCGUGAUGUUUAUGCAUCAUUUGAUAAGUAUGUGGAAGUGGAGCGUCUAGAGGGAUGCAAGGAAAGGUGUGCUCUUCCUCGAUUUCCUCCUGUUUUGCAGCUUCAACUGAAGCGUUUUGAAUAUGAUUACAUGCGAGAUACAAUGGUUAAGAGACAAUGGAAAAUAUCUUUCUCCAGAUGCAAAUCAAGUAUUAGAAACCUCUAUACGCUUCACAGUGUUCUUGUUCAUAGUGGGGGAGUACAUGGUGGUCACUACUAUGCUUUUAUUCGGCCAACGCUCUCGGAUCAGUGGUACAAAUUCGAUGAUGAGCGGGUUACAAAAGAAGACAUUAAAAGGCACUUGAAGAGCAGUAUGGCGGUGAGGAAGAGUGACAAGGAGAAAAUAAUGUGUAAUGUCGAUGAGAAGGAUAUCGCUGAGCAUUUGCGGAUAAGGUUGAAAAAAGAACAAGAAGAGAAAGAGCACAAGAAGAAGGAGAAGGCUGAAGCUCAUCUCUACACUGUCAUAAAGAUUGCUCGAGAUGAGGAUUUGAAGGAGCAAAUUGGUAAGAAUAUAUAUUUUGACCUGGUGGACCAUGAAAAAGUUCGCAGCUUCCGCAUUCAGAAGCAGUUGCCUUUUACUUCAUUCAAGGAGGAAGUUGCAAAGGAAUUUGGCAUCCCUGUACAGUUUCAGCGCUUCUGGUUGUGGGCUAAGAGGCAGAACCAUACAUACCGGCCGAAUCGUCCAUUGACCCCCCAUGAGGAAGCACAAUCAGUUGGGCAGCUUAGGGAAGUCUCAAAUAAGGCACACAAUGCUGAGCUGAAGUUGUUUCUGGAAGUUGAACUUGGACCAGAGUUAUGUCCAAUUCGUCCAUCUGAGAAGAGCAAAGAAGACAUACUUCUUUUCUUCAAGCUUUAUAAUGCUGAGAAGGAAGAGCUUCGUUUUGUCGGUAGGCUUUUUGUGAAGGCUCUGGGAAAGCCAUCUGAAAUAUUGACAAAACUGAAUGAAAUGGCAGGAUUUUCUCCAAAUGAAGAAAUUGAGCUAUAUGAGGAAAUUAAGUUUGAGCCAAAUGUGAUGUGUGAACAUAUUGACAAGAAACUUACUUUCCGUUCUAGUCAGCUUGAAGAUGGAGACAUCAUCUGUUUCCAAAAGGCUCCUGUUCCAGAUGGUGAUACACAAGUGCGCUAUCCAGAUGUUCCUUCAUUCUUGGAGUAUGUUCACAAUAGGCAGACUUCUGAUAUCUUGUAUUAUGAGGUUCUGGACAUUCCACUGCCAGAAUUGCAGUGUUUGAAAACACUUAAAGUUGCAUUCCACCAUGCAACAAAAGGCGAGGUUGUCAUUCAUAGCAUAAGACUUCCAAGAAAUAGCACUAUCAGUGACGUGAUUACUGAUUUGAAAACCAAGGUUGAACUAUCUAAUCCUGAUGCUGAGCUCCGCUUGCUUGAAGUAUUUUACCAUAAGAUUUAUAAGAUCUUUCCGCCUCAUGAGAAGAUAGAGAACAUAAAUGAUCAGUACUGGACAUUACGAGCUGAGGAGAUCCCAGAGGAAGAGAAGAAUCUCGGCCCACAUGAUCGAUUGAUUCAUGUUUACCAUUUCAUGAAAGACCCUAAUCAGAAUCAGCAAAUUCAGAAUUUUGGAGAUCCUUUUUUGAUGGUUAUCCGUGAAGGUGAGACUGCUGCAGAGGUAAUGGAGCGCAUCCAGAGAAAACUUAGAGUUCCUGAUGAGUUCUCCAAGUGGAAGCUUGCAUUCAUAUCCAUGAACCGGCCAGAGUACCUCCAGGACACUGAUGUUGUAUCAGCACGUUUUCAGAGGAGAGAUGUAUAUGGUGCUUGGGAACAAUACCUUGGCUUGGAGCACACUGAUACAACAUCGAAAAGGUCUUACACAGCCAAUCAGAAUCGGCACACCUAUGAGAAGCCCGUGAAAAUUUAUAAUUGA